AUGUUAUUGAGGAUUAGUCUAUUAAUAGUUAUCACUACAGCAGAACCAUUAUAUCGAAGAAGCGUUUCCUCAGAGCAGUUACAAGAUACAGCCGACAAGGCAUUUCUACGGACAGUUUCCAUUGUAGAACAACGUACUGAGUAUGGUCGAUUAGUGUUACUGCUCUGCCGGCGGUAUUGCCCCAGACUUCGAUCUUGGAUACCUCAAUGGGUUCGGGACAUCAAUGAGGACCGAGGAUAUCAUGGCAGCGAUACAAUCGGAUAUCACUACUACACCUAUAAAAGGCCGUUACCGUUCCUUGACGAAGCAGAACUCGAGCAAUUCCCAGCGCUUGUUUAUAUCAUUGCUAAAACGCCGACGUAUUUCACUGGUAACAUCACCAGUCGGCAGUCAGUAUCGCGAUGGGUAGUCUCCUUGGAUCAUGUGAAAAUCGAAACUCCUCAAAAUAUAACUGCACUUGAUCACCUUAUCAGCACUACUUCAAAUUGCUCCGAGAAACUACUUGUAUUCGUCAACAACGAGAGGCAAUGUCCAGUGCCUUAUUGGGGUUCUGUGGCCAGAACUGCCUAUAUGUAUACUGGAGUGCGGCCAGUUUACCUCUCAGCCCCAAUGCCAGCAUCAAUGAGUGUGGUGCUUUACAAACGACUACCACUACUUGUUGAAUCGCAAUGCCAGCAGAUGUUUCUCAUGCACCAGGACAGCUACAGUAUCCAAUUCCAAGACUACACACCUCAUGCGGUGUGGGAAUUGAUCGAUAUUCUCCUACCAAACGCCACAGAAGAGUGUCCGCCACUUCAGGACACGAUGUGGUUUUCAGUUAUGCCUCCCUUAACCGAACUGCAAAUGAUCUAUUUUUCUGGUGAGCAUGAUCUAGUCAAAUUAGAACACAAGCAAGCGUAUGUACUUGUUGGUUUGACUGGUGGUAUUGCUGUUAUAGCGUUAGCUAUGAGCAUUUUCUGGGGUCUGAACGGUUCAGCGUUUGCCAAUUGA